AUGAGUUCACCUUGGUCAUUUGUAGCUUGGGGCAUGGAUCUUAGAGGUCUGAUAGAGCCAGCCGCUUCUAAUGGACACAAAUUUAUUUUUGUUGCCAUUGAUUACUUCACCAAGUGGUUGGAAGCAAUUUCUUACAAGUUUGGAGUAACAGAAUCCAUAAUUACUGAUAAUGGUGCGAAUCUUAAUAGUCACUUGAUGAGAGAUAUAUGUGAGCAAUUCAAGAUUACUCACCGAAACUCAACUGCUUAUCGCCCUCAAAUGAAUGGAGCUGUGGAGGCCGCCAAUAAGAAUAUCAAGAAGAUUCUGAGGAAGAUGAUUGACAAUCACCGAGGUUGGCAUAAGAUGUUGCCAUAUGCUUUAUUGGGUUAUCGAACGACCGUCAAAACAUCGAGUGGAGCUACUCCGUACUUGCUAGUGUAUGGGACAGAAGCAGUCAUACCUGCUGAAGUCGAAAUAUCGUCUUUGAGAAUCAUCCAAGAAGCCGAGUUAAGUAAUGCUGAAUGGAUCAGCAAGCGGAUUGAUCAACUAACUUUGAUUGAUGAGAAGAGAAUGGUUGCCGUUUGUCAUGAUGAGUACAAAAGAAAAUUCGCACCAAACUGGCAAGGGCCUUACAUUGUUCGUAAAGUAUUAUCCAAAAGUGCUUUGGUCCUGUCAGAGAUAGAUGGCACCGCAUGGCCGAAACCUAUCAACUCAGAUGCUGUCAAGAGAUACUACGAGUUGGGAGAUCAGGAAGAUCAACCGGAAAUAGCAGGACAAGGAGUAGACAACUGA